AUGGUAGCUGGCUGGCUUGUGAAGGACGUUUCCAGCUAAGAGGACUCUAUUUUCCCUCUUCAGUCAUUCUGAUUUUUGAGAGACUGAGACUCCUUUCGUUGGCACACUCAUCUUCCUCACAUCCGACCAUCGAUCUCAUCACUGAGCCAUGGAACUUGCAGCUCCGAUCUGGGAUGCCAUCAAGUGCUUCUGUGACUGCACAAUCAAACAAGCUGCUUUCAUUUGUCAUUUGGAGGACAACUUACAAUCUCUCGCAGAGCACUGGACUCAACUCCAAGAUCAAGGUGAAGAUGUGAAGCGAAUGGUCGAACAAGCUGAAAGAAAUCCUCGUAUGGAAAGGACAAAAGCAGUAAAUAAUUGGCUGCAAAGAGUGAACAAUUUUCAAACGACUGUACAAGACAUUCAGAAUCAAGGUGCUACAGUAGUUCAAGAUAAGUGUUUGGCCAACUAUUGCCACAAGAAUUGUUUGUCAGCUUAUAAAUUGGGAAGGGAGGUCGUCAAGACUUUUGAUUGUGUAAAUCAGUUGAUGACUGAAGGAGAAAAAUUCAACACUGCCAAUAUUGCUUGUGAGCUGCCUCGAGGACGGGCCGAAGAAAUGCCUGUACCUAAUACUGUAGGUAUGGAUGAGAUGCGAAACAAGGUAUGGGAAAGCAUUGAAGACUCAAAUGUGGGCGUUAUUGGUUUGUAUGGCAUGGGUGGGGCUGGGAAGACAACGCUCCUCAAGAAAGUGAAUAAUGAACUUGUAAUAAGGGGACAUGAUUUUGCACUGGUGAUUUGGGUUGUGGUGUCUAAAGAUCGUGAUAUAGAGAAAAUUAUCGAUGAUAUCUCCCAAAAUAUAGGCAUUGAUUGGAAGGACAAAAGUAAAGAUGAGAAAAUCAGAGCAAUUUUCAAUGUUAUGAAACAUAAAAAGUUUCUUCUCAUGUUGGAUGAUAUAUGGCAGGGAUUAGAUCUUUACAGUAUAGGGGUUCCACCUCCGAGGGAGAUGAAUCAUUCAAAAGUUCUGUUAACGACACGGUUUGAAAAUGUUUGUGAUCAAAUGCAAGCCAAAAAGCUUCAAGUGAAAUGCUUGACAAACAAAGAGGCUUUUAAGUUGUUUUGCAUGAAAGUGGGAGAUGAAACUUUGAACUCUGACCCCAGCAUACGUGAUCUAGCACAAAAGCUUAUCCUUGAAUGCAAAGGGUUGCCACUUCCUCUGAUUACAAUUGGACAAGCUAUGUCCGGACGAACGAACCCCCAAUCGUGGAGGCAUGCUAUAAACAAGCUUCAGAGUUCUCCUGCUGAGAUUAAAGGUAUGGAAGAGGAAGUGUUUUUCAUUAUUAAGUUCAGUUAUGAUAGCCUUCCCAAUGAUAUGGAGAAAAAAUGUUUCUUGUAUCUUGCUUUAUACCCAGAGGAUGAAAUCAUUUAUAUUCUUGAUGCAAUUCUUUUAUGGAUUGGAGAAGGAUUCUUUGGAGAUAAUCAUACUAUUGAUGAUGCCUUUAAUCACGGUCAAGCUGUGGUUGAAAACUUAAAGCUUGCAUGUCUUGUGGAAGACAAUGGUAGAGACUUCAUUAAGUUGCAUGAUGUGAUUCGAGAUAUGGCUCUUUGGUUACUCCGAGAUCAAGAUCGGAACAAAAACAAAAUCCUAGUGCAACAAGAAGCAUUGAAAUCAUUAAAAAGUGAUAACCUUGAUGUUGAAAAGAUCUCAAUUAUGAUGGACUACCAUCAUAAGGAGACCCAGGCUUGGAAUCUUCCUGUUUGUCCUCACCUUGUGAGCUUACUUGUGAGGAACUUGUCAAUCAUAAAUAAUUUGAGAAAUCUCCAAUUCUUGAGUGAAUUGAAGGUUUUAAGUUUUGCUAGUAUUGGCAACGUGAUAACUAUUCCUAAAGAAAUAGGAUUUUUGAUUAAGUUAGAAUAUUUUCAACUAUCAAAUUGUAAAAUUAAAAAAAAGUUUCCAAUGGAGAUGAAAAACUUGAAGAGCUUGAAUGUAUUUUCCCUGCAAGACAUUGGUUCUAGUGUUAAAAUAAUCCCUUUGGAGGUUAUACCAUGUCUUGAGAGGUUAAGAGUAUUCAGGUUUACUACAGAAGAAUGGAUGGCAGUCAACGAUGCAACAGAGGAAUUACUGUUGGAGCAGUUAGAGUCACUACCACACUUGGAGGAUUUAAGCAUCCACUUACUUACUCCUGCUGGCAUCAACAAAUUAAGUUCAUCCGAGUUGCAACAUUGUGUUAGGGAUGUGGGUGUUGCAUUCCAUGCACCAACAGUUUCAUCUAUGGCAAAAUGGAAACGUUUGAAAGAAUAUAUUUUCGUGAAUUGCGAAAUAGUUUGGAAGUGUCAUUGGUUAAUCACUUUUAACAUAUUUUGCAAGCUAAGAACUGCCAUUUUUGACCGAUGUCAUUCAAUAACUCAUUUGACAUGGCUCAAGUAUGCUCCUUACCUUCGUUAUCUUUAUGUGCAUCACUGCGCUCUGCUUGAGGAAGUCAUUGUGGAAACUGAAGACAACAAUGACAGACAGAAUAUGGAUGGCAUAUUUGCAAAUCUCGAGAUAAUGGAUUUAAUGAGGAUGCCAAAUCUAAGGAGCAUCUACAAAAAGGCUUUGCCUUUUCCUAAGCUUGAAACAAUCUGGAUAAGCAAUUGCCCGAAUCUCAAGAAGCUUCCUUUUGAUUCUAACUCUGCAAAAUAUUUGAAGAAAAUAACGGGGCAACAAAAGUGGUGGGACGAGUUAGAGUGGGAAGAUCAAGCCCUUAAGGAUUUAUUCCUUCCUAAAUUUCAGGUAUGGCCCAUCUAAGCCAUCAGGAAGCCGCACCUCAACAUGUUUGAUCCAAAUUAUGUUUUGGAUUUGCAGUAUUUCGACCCAAAUUUGUAAUUCUAUAUAUUAUUCUGCAUUUGGAAUUUGUAAGUAAUUUGUUCUUUGAUUUCCAGAUUUUCGUGAGUUGGGUCAUAUCAUGUUAUAUAUAUAUAUAACGUCUUCUUUCCA